CUAUGAGCCACCUGAACGGCCAGCGGCUGCAUGGCAGGGCCAUGCGUGUGACAUUGUCAAAGCAUACCACAGUGCAGCUGCCCAGAGAAGGCCACGAGGAACAGGGCCUCACAAAGGACUACAGCAACUCACCGCUGCACCGCUUCAAGAAGCCUGGCUCCAAAAAUUACUCCAACAUCUUCCCACCUUCUGCAACACUCCACCUCUCCAACAUACCGCCUUCAGUGGUGGAGGAUGACCUCAGGAGACUGUUCGCCAGCUCAGGAGCCACAGUCAAAGCAUUCAAGUUCUUUCAAAAAGACCGCAAAAUGGCCCUGAUCCAGAUGGGCUCAGUCGAGGAGGCAAUCGAGUCCCUCAUCGAGUUCCACAACCACGAUCUUGGAGAGAACCAUCACCUUCGAGUGUCCUUCUCCAAAUCCACCAUCUGAGUGCCUUUCCUUCCUCCCUCCAAAUCUGUUGCCACUUGAACGCUACUUCUCUCAAGUUCGCCUUCAGUGGAAAUAGCAACCAUAACACAUUUGUGGCUGUGUUUCUGUGUAGAGCGUUGCUCCCGUGACUGCAAUUCUUAGUCAUUCCACAUAAUUUAUAGGUUUGGGCAUCAGAUUUGGUUAUGUCUGCUUAUUCAUUCCAGUUCUUAUUCCCAAUUCCAUACAGAAAAGACACCAAAACCCCAAAAUAUUGUAUUUUGAAUAUAAAUAUUGAUUAAUAAGAAUAUUCCUUUCCUGCCAUCCACAAAUUAGUCGUCAUUGAUGUUGUAUCAUUUUAAUUGGCUCUCACACAUGACAUUAUUUUGCCAGGGCACCAUUGUUACAUUCCAGAUUAUGUUCUACCAAAGAUAAUUGUGAUUCCUCAUAGAAUUUAAACAAGACUUCCCCCCAUACCGUGAAAUAUCUGCAAAAAAUCUCCUGUCCGUAAUGAUGAUAACAUUUAAAUUUACAGGCAGGUAUCAAGCUGCAACGAAAAUGUAAAAAUUUUGACUAGAUCAGCAGAUCCCUGGUGCCCAAACCUUGUAAUCCAUUUAUUCCACCAAUAAGUUCUAAGUGAUAUCCUUCAAAAAGGGGCAACAUUCUGCACUGAAACAUAUCUGAACUACAUCUGCAUUGAAAGUAUAUCGGGAGGUAAAGUUGAGGAUGCUGAUGAACUGUGGCGUUAGGUCAUAAAAACACAAAGAAAAGACCCUCAACCACAGAUUGUGGAUGAAUCGGAUCAGACACACUUCAGCAUUCCUUUUACUAUCAUAGUUUUGUCGGUAUAUCUAUGUGUGUGCCUUUUUGAAAUGCCACUUUGAAUCUGUUUGGCCAGUCGGUGAUGGGUUGAGACGAGGAUUUUGUUUUUGGCUCACAGACCAGCAACUCAUUUCCCAGUUUAACAUUUUAUUUUUAUCUUCUCGUAACUACCCACAUAUUUUCUUUUGGGGGAACCAUACCACUAUCUGAAGUUGUCUUAAUAAGAAUAACAUUGGUCUUGUGCCUUACUUUGCCCCAACCAGAUUGCCUUAAGCAUUGCUCUGGCUUUAUUUGGAAAACAUGUGGUUCUCAAAAUGCC